AGCCGGCGAAAGCUUGCCGCGAACGGAGUCGCUAUCCGCUGCGAAUUCGCCGCUGGUAUAUAAGGCGUCAAGCAGGGCGCCUACUGCAAAUACGUUUGUUGGUUCGCCUUGCUCGCUUCGUCGUUCCGUUCGCUACUCGACUCGCAACUCGCAGCUCACAGCUCCCAGCACCCAGCUCCCAGCUCACAGUUGACAAAAUCACAGUUCGCAAUAUGUGGUCCAAGGUAGCCAUUGUUGGUGCUCUGCUCGUGAUGGGCGGCACCCUCGCCGUCAGCGUUGGGGACAACUUUGCGUAUGUGGAUCGUUCUCUGGAAGUGGCCAUGCCCAAGGCGAAGCGUCAUGCGGCGCAGGAUUGAUGGCGACGGUUCAGGAUGCGCAACUAGUACCAAUUUGACAGUGCCACACAACCUGAUCUAGUUCAUUAAGUAAUCAUCCAAAUUGUUAUUGUGAACAGUUUUCAAUUGUUAAAUAAUUCUAUAGUAUCGCUAUACUCGCUUGCCACUGUGCACAGUUCAAGUGAACUAUAAGCGUGAACCAGUUCUUCAUAUCCCCCAUGCCUCCUGCCGACACGAACAACUGUCAGACACCUAUUUUUUUUUUGUUUUUUUUUUCUGUUUAGCUUGUAGCUUUAGCCGCUUAAGUUCCUCCAGUAUAAACACAAAUGCAUGUUUGUAAAUAGUUAAUAAAGAAAUAAAAGUACGUUAAUCGAAAGAA